AGGGAGGAGAGAGCAGCGAGUUCCGGACCUCUUCCUAGCCCGCCCCAACCUUUGCUCCAGAGAUCAUGGCUGCCGAGGAUGUGGUGGCGACGGGCGCCGACCCGAGCGAGCUGGAGGGCGCCGGGUUGCUGCAUGAGAUUUUCACGUCGCCGCUCAACCUGCUGCUGCUUGGCCUCUGCAUCUUUCUGCUCUACAAGAUAGUGCGCGGGGACCAGCCGGCGGCCAGCAGCGACAGCGACGACGACGAGCCACCCCCGCUGCCCCGCCUCAAGCGGCGCGACUUCACCCCCUCCGAACUGCGGCGCUUCGACGGUGUCCAGGACCCGCGCAUACUCAUGGCCAUCAACGGCAAGGUGUUCGACGUGACCAAAGGCCGCAAGUUCUACGGGCCCGAGGGGCCGUAUGGGGUCUUUGCCGGAAGAGACGCAUCCCGGGGCCUUGCCACAUUUUGCCUGGAUAAGGAAGCCCUGAAGGAUGAGUAUGAUGACCUUUCUGACCUCACUCCUGCCCAGCAGGAGACCCUGAGUGACUGGGACUCUCAGUUCACUUUCAAGUAUCAUCACGUGGGUAAACUGCUGAAGGAAGGGGAGGAGCCCACUGUCUACUCAGAUGAUGAAGAACCAAAAGAUGAGAAUGCUCGGAAAAAUGAUUAAAGUGUUCAGUGGAAGCAUAUCUAUUUUUGUAUUUUGCAGAAUCAUUUGUAACAUUCCAGUCUGUCUUUAAAACAUGGUGAUUUCAUUAUUUAGAAAAGUUUUGAACUUGCAGUAAAUUUUUUAAUUAUCACUGGUGACACUGAUAAAAUUAACUUCUGUCUUAGAAUGCAUGAUGUUUAUGUGUCACAAAUCCAGAAAGUGAACUGCAGUGCUGUAAUAGAAAUGCUAAUACUGUUUUUCUUCUAUCUGUAGUUAGUACAGGCUGAAUUUAAAUUUGUUUUUCCUGAGAGACAGGUAAGACUUGGGUAUUUCCCAAACAGGUAAACAGGUUAAAUGUGCACCAAGAACAAAGGAUCACCUUUCAGUCAUGAUGUUCUCUAAAGGUAGCAAAUCCCUUUUUUCCUCAAUUGACUUAACUGCAUUUCUGUUUUAUCUACCUCUAAAGCAAAUCUGCAGUGUUCCAAAGGCUUAUGUAUUGAUCAAAGAGAGCUGUCCAGUAACAAAAUGAAACCUCAGAGUUGGGCUCAGUUGGGAAAAACAUAUUUACUGUGUUUCUGGACUGUCUUGUUCUUGCCCUCAUGUGGACGCUCAGACACCCUGACAAACACAGCAAUCUAUGGUUAGGAUUAAAACAGGAUCUGAACAUUCAGAAGAAAGCUUUGGAAAAAAAUAGCUGGCUUGCCUAAAAACCUAAGUAUAUGAAGAAGAUUGUAGGGUUAUCUUUCCAGUCCCCAUGUUCAUGGUGGGGCAGUAGUUAUUUGGUUAUUUUACACAAUUUGAAAUGACAGAGGGAGUACAGAACAGGAACUGGUGUUUGCUUUCCUAAGAGCCUCCGCACACACCCGCGAAGAGUGAGGAAACAGUACACGUUGCUAGCGGAGUGGUUUUUAAAGUGUAUUCAUAAGGUAGCAGUUAUUUUGUUGUUACAAAACUAUAGCCACUGCAAAAGUAGUAGUCAAGUGUCUAGGUCUUUGAUAUUGCUCUUUUGGUUAACACUAAAACUUAGCUUAAGUAGACUAUACAGUUGUGUGAAUUUGUAAAAGUAUUAUAGGAACUAGUGAGGUUUCAAACUCUUGUAAUUGUAGUUAAAUAGUCAUUGUAUUUUCCUGUGAACUGUGUUUAAUGGUUUUACCUCAAAUCAAAAAACAAGAUGAAGUGCUUUGGUCAGUUAAUAAAAUGGUUUU